CAGCUACAUCCAAUGGAAAGGGAAAACCAAACCAGCAUCUCUGAGUUUCUCCUUCUGGGCUUCUCAAGUUGGCCAGGGCAGCAAGGGCUCCUCUUUGCACUCUUCCUGUGUCUCUACUUAACAGGACUAUUUGGAAACCUACUCAUCUUGCUAGCCAUUGGCUCAAACAAUCAUCUCCACACACCCAUGUAUUUUUUCCUUGCCAAUUUGUCCUUGGUAGACCUCUGCCUUCCUUCAGCUACAGUGCCCAAGAUGCUACUGAACAUCCAAACCAAGUCUCAAUCCAUCUCCUACUCUGGAUGCCUAGCUCAGAUGUAUUUCUGUAUGAUGUUUGCUAACAUGGACAAUUUCCUUCUCACUGUGAUGGCAUAUGACCGUUAUGUGGCCAUCUGCCAUCCUUUGCACUAUUCCACCAUUAUGACCCCACGCCUCUGCACCUCUCUGGUAGCUUUGUCUUGGGUCAUUGCCACUUUGAAUCCUCUCUUGCAUACCCUCUUGAUGGCCCAACUGCAUUUCUGUUCUGAAAAUAUUAUCCACCAUUUCUUCUGUGACAUCAAUUCUCUCCUCCCUCUCUCCUGUUCCGACACUAGUCUCAAUCAAUUGAUGGUUCUGUUUGUAGUAGGACUGAUCUUUGUGGUACCAUCAGUGUGUAUCUUAGCAUCCUAUGGUCACAUUGUCUCUGCUGUGAUGAAAAUUACUUCUAUUCAAGGAAAACUUAAGGCAUUCUCAACCUGUGGAUCUCACCUUGCCCUGGUUAUUCUUUUCUAUGGUGCCAUUGCAGGAAUCUAUAUGAGCCCUUCAUCCAAUCAUUCAACUGAAAAUGACUCAGCUGCAUCAGUGAUUUUCAUGGUUGUAGCCCCUGUAUUGAAUCCCUUCAUUUACAGCUUAAGGAACAGUGAGCUGAAGGGGACUUUUAAAAAGACUUUUGGACAGAGCAGGAUGCUUUCCCAGUGA